CCCCGGCUACCGGCGCCACCCGCGCUCAGGCGGUUCCAGCUGUCCCGCGGCAGCCACGCGCUGCUGCUGUCCCCAGCCGUCACCCAAGGCCUAAACACAGGCUCUCGGAACGUCGCGUCUUUCCUAAGAGGCAGAAGUCAGAAUAUUUAAAAAAUGACCACACCAAACAAAACACCUCCUGGUGCGGAUCCUAAGCAGCUGGAAAGGACUGGAACAGUAAGGGAAAUUGGGUCACAAGCUGUUUGGUCACUCUCAUCUUGCAAACCAGGAUUUGGAGUGGAUCAGUUACGAGAUGACAAUCUAGAAACAUACUGGCAAUCAGAUGGGUCCCAGCCUCAUUUAGUGAACAUCCAGUUCAGAAGAAAAACAACAGUGAAGACAUUAUGUAUAUAUGCAGACUACAAAUCUGAUGAAAGCUACACUCCAAGCAAAAUCUCAGUCAGAGUUGGAAAUAAUUUUCACAAUCUUCAAGAAAUUCGGCAACUUGAAUUGGUGGAACCAAGUGGCUGGAUUCAUGUUCCCUUAACUGAUAAUCAUAAGAAGCCAACUCGAACAUUCAUGAUACAGAUUGCUGUUCUAGCCAAUCACCAGAAUGGGAGAGAUACCCAUAUGAGACAAAUUAAAAUAUACACACCAGUGGAAGAGAGCUCUAUUGGUAAAUUUCCUAGAUGUACAACUAUCGAUUUCAUGAUGUAUCGUUCAAUAAGGUGACUUUAAAGUGGAGCAAAAGUGACGAAUCCUUUGUUUUGUUCUGUUAUAACAUUUUAUGUUGGAGAUCUUUAUUGAAAAAUGCUUCAGUUAUUUUGCAAUUUUGUAUACAUUUAAAAGUAUUUUAACUUUGAUAAAUAAAUUUUGGAUCUUA